AUGGGUGGCCUCUCUAGCGACGACAGCUUCACCCUCAAGUCGGUCAUGAGCGGCCACGUCAUCCUCGACUACUACGACAAGGAGAAGUUGGCUAAGCUUGCCAAGAACAAUAGAAGCGCCACGCUGACGUCUCUAUUCCAGAGUUCGGGCGUGGCUCAAAACCAACAGGGCUUCGUUCGGGUCGAAGUCGUUGACGGUGAGAUUAUUUUCGGGUCAGCAUCCAAGGGUGCACAAAUGAACUCCAAGCUAGUUAAGUCGCUCCAUCAUUGGGGAUUUGGGGUUCCCAACAUCAAUGCAUCUCCGGCGCCCGAGAAGGCUCCGGCACCGAAGAAAGGCAAGUCUACCAGUCCGGAAGACGAGGCAGAGAGUCCUUCCGAAGACACCGCUGAAAGUCCCGCCGAUGACACGUCGGACUCGGACUCGGAGGCUCCGAGUCCGUCCAAAGCCAGAGAUUCGACUCCGCCCAAGCCAGGUUAUGAGGAUGAUCUGGUGACGGCAGAUUCGCCAUCUUCGACUCCGGCACCUGCGCCCUCCAAGAAUGAUGCACGCGCCACGGCUGCUGAGAUGGGAGUUGGGGUUGUUGCGAUGGGGUUGGUUAUUUCAGUAUUGGUUGCUUUGUUCUGA